AUGGCAAAACCAAAAAAAAUUUGGGACCAUUUUACAAAGUUAGGAAUUGUAGAUAGAUCUACACAAGAAAGAGCAAAAUGCAAUUAUUGUCCUUUUGAAUGUGCAAGUAGUACGAUGUCUAAUUUAAAUAAUGAGCAUUGGGCAAAUAUUAUAUUUCCUAUAUUUAUAUUUGCAAAACCUACUGAACAAAUUCAACAAAAUGCAAUUAAUAUUGCUAAUGAAAUUGAAAAGGCUAUAUUGUCUAUUAAUAUUAUAAAA